AUGACACAGGUGCUAAAGCGCUCUUUCUCCAUGAGCGCCACUGCAUUUUCGGGACUCGUCAAACUUCCCACUCAGGUUCACGGAAUCGAGGGUCGAUAUGCUGGCGCCCUCUACUCUGCUGCUCACAAGCAAAAGACUCUGGAGCAAGUGGAGAAAGACCUCUAUAAGGUCAGAAGCGUUUACCAGCAAGACGAAAAGUUUAAGGAGUUUAUUCGUGAUCCCUCACUCAAGGGACAGAAAAAGAAGGAGGUAAUACUCACAGUUGCACAAAAGCUUGGAUUGACCAAGGAAUCCGCUAAUUUCCUGGGUCUUCUUGCUGAAAAUGGUCGUUUGAGCAAGUUGGAAUCAGUGGUCGCGUCAUACGAGCACAUAAUGCGCGCUCAUAGAGGAGAACUUUUCGUUCAGGUAAUAUCUGGCGAACCACUGAGCAAAUCACAUGAGUCUGCCCUAAAUGACGCUUUGAACAAAAUGGCGAAAUCCGGCCAAAAGCUGAACGUUACCUAUGUUGUGAAGCCAUCAAUCAUUGGUGGCCUAGUGGUCACCAUAGGAGAUAAGUAUGUAGAUCUGUCGAUCGCUUCACGAGUGAAGAAACUCAAAGAGACUUUGACUGCUUCCGUUUAG